GAGAGAAGAAAAAGAGAAUUGCGGCUCGGGCACGCAGGAUUUGUUCCCAUCGCAUCUCCCGCUCCGCCGCCGCCGCCGCCCCCGACCCGCGCCGCCCGCACGCCCGCACGCCGCUCCUCCUCCUGCGCCUCCCACGCCGUCCCCUCGGAUGCAUCGCGCGUCCCCCUCCGCCGCCCCGCUGCUCCUCCGCCGCGCGUGCCCGCCUCCUCCUCCGCCUCCGCCGCGGCGGCCUCGUUCUUCCAGGCCCGGGAGGAGCCCGUGAGGUGCGUCCGUCGAGCUUAUCUACUGCCGCUUCCUACUCCAGAAUCUAGCCAGACUUGCCUGCAUAAUUGUGGCCCGUGAGGUUACCGUAUUGCAAGCCCAGGCAGCAAUCCGGCUGAGCUCACCCGCCCACAUCACCAGGGGUCGUCCGGCCACCACCGCGCGUCGCCGGUCGUGUCACUGCCGCCGCUUCUGCUGCUUAUGAGAGCCCUCACUGCCGCCACAAUCUCCUCCCCGAUACGCGCCCUCCUCCUCCUCCACCCCUCCUUCCCCUCAACCCUCCGCCUCCCUCUCACCAUGAACCCCUCCUCAUCCUCCUCCUCUGGCUACCGCUCCAAUGCUGCCGCCUUCGCCUCCACGCACCAGCCGCACGGUGGCCGUGGUGGUGGCAGGCGGCCGGGUGGACGUGGUGGCGGUGGCGAUGGAGGAAACCGCAUCGAUGCCCUCGGCCGCCUUCUGACGAGGGUCUUGCGGCACAUGGCGCCAGAGCUGAGGCUGAACAUGAGGAGCGACGGGUAUGUGCGGGUCCGCGACCUGCUCCGCCUCAACCUGGAGACCUUCGCCAAGGUUCCGCUCAACUCCCACACGGUGGAUGAAAUCAGGGAGGCGGUCAGGCGAGACAACAAGCAGAGGUUUGGUCUGUUGGAGGAGGAUGGCGAGCUGCUGAUUCGAGCUAACCAGGGGCACACUGUGACAACUGUUACAUCAGAGAGCUUGUUGAAACCAAUUCUAUCGGCUGAUGAAGUCUCAGUCUGUGUCCAUGGAACUUACAGGAAAAAUGUUGAUUCAAUAUUGAAACAUGGGCUUAAACGUAUGGCAAGGCUACAUGUACAUUUCUCAAGUGGUUUACCAUCAGAUGGAGGAGUUAUUAGUGGGACUAACGGUUUGCCUUCUUCAGGUAUGCGGAGUGGCGCAAACAUAUUGAUAUAUUUGAAUGUCAGAAAGGCACUGCAAGACGGGAUGAAGCUAUACAUCUCAGACAACAAGGUGAUCCUGACGGAGGGCUUCGAUGGCGUUGUCCCCAUCAAGUACUUUGAGAAGAUCGAGACAUGGCCAGGACGUGCACCGAUACCGUUCCAGAGGUAGCAGAGGCCUUGCCGUAGCACUGGAGUCCUGCACGGCUUCUCGCUCAGCGAAAACUUGGGAUGAAUGCGCUGCACGACAAGAGUUUCAUCAUGUAAUCAUUGUGCUGCUGCUGUGGACUUUUUACUGGUUGUGCAGAACCUGUGUAUGGUUAUGAUGACCAGAUGUUAUGGAAUAGCAAAUUUGGUUUA